CUCACGUGACACUAGAAAUAAUUCAGCAACACAAAAACACCUCCAUAAAAAUGCCGUCCAUAAAAUCCUAAAUGAAACCAUCACAAAAAGCAACAAGUAGGCACUAAGUAAAUCUUUGAAGAUGAUAUUAAUACCGUGAGAACAAUGGAGGACAACAUUUGCACAUCCUGCGGCACCUUUAUACCAGACAAAGACAUCGGAUGUCCUCUCAAAUGUCGUGAUCCAAGAUGCUCAGCUUAUAACAAACCUCCUCUCAUCGACAUAUCCCGCACCCACAUCAUCUGCCUCCUCGGAGCUCCGCAGUCGGGCAAGAGCCUGCAGUGCGACAAGCUGGUGGCUCGCUACGGGUACUGUCUGCUGACUGCUGAGGAGGUCCUGUAUGCCGAGGUCAAGGAGGGCGGCCAGUCGAAGAGGGCGCGGUGCGUGGCUGAUGUUAUACAGCGAGGUGACAGAGUUCCAGACCAAAUAGUAGUAAACCUAAUAAAGGAGGCAAUUAUUCGGGAAUCGCCAACCACCAACGGCUUCAUAAUUAAAGGUUAUCCAAAAGACAAGAAACAAGCACUUAUAUUUGAGAGGACUAUCGCACCCAUCUGUGCCUUCAUAUACUUGGAGUCGCUACCAGAUAUCUUAGCCGCUCGUCUUCGUCAAACCUACUACUUUGACCCUGAACUGACUGAAGAACAGAAAGAAGAAGUCAUCAUGAGAAAACUGGCAAAAUUCACCUGGGAUGUCAACAUGCUGAUGCGGGAAUACCCAAAGAAAGCUAGAAGGAUAAAUACAAACAAGCCGAUCAAUGAGGUUUUCGAUGACAUUACGUAUUUCCUUGACCCUAUAGCUAUGCCAGGCGGAAAAUAGUGUGCGUAUCACGAAUUUUGUCGACUUUAUAUAGUCGAUUCUAUAUUCGAUUGGCGGGUCACUGGAGUUUCUAUGCGUUUUUUUAGUUUCUAAUGUUAUCAAGAUGUCAUCAUUACAAAUAGCUAAAUAGGCUACUUAUACUUGAGUCUUACUUGAGUCGACAAUAUAGGUAUUCGUGAUUAGCACACAGGACUGCAAUAAUAAUUGAUAGCACAAAGAAUACUUGAAAUUGAAAAAUAUACGCUAAUCACCUGA